UUUUCAUCAAGAAGAUUAUUCUUGUCGCGCAAAUUGGGAGUUGAUGCUAUCUUGAAUUCCUGGAGGACAGACGAUUUGGGAUCUGUUCUGUGACCAUGAAUAAAAUGCUUCAAAAUUUGCAUCAUCAUACUGCAUCACCAGUUGAACGAACUUUCAAAAAAGCUGCAGAAGUUUCCGUCAUGAGGACAGAGCACUGUCAAAAAAAAGUCCGGAAAUCCUGUGAACAGAAGAUUCAGUCAUCAGCACCGACUAUUUUUUCGCGAGAAAUAGCACCUCAAGGUUCCAUUUCCAUAACUGCUAGAGGAAGACUCAUCAAAAACUCUGAGGAUUUCGAUCUUUUAGUUGUUUCAUUAUUAAAUAUAUUGAAUGAUAAGAAGAAAAGUAAAUGAUGCAGUAAGAGAAAGUAUUCAACAAAGAAUGGCGGGAAAAAGACCGAAAAAGGCAUAAUCAAACAACGAGAGGUUUUUAAAAAACUGUACCCGGCCGUCCACGCUAUAACGUUGGCGCGAGCUAAGCCUUGCUGGAGAGGGAAAAAAGAAAAGGACUGGUCAGUCGAAAAAUCCAAGAAAUGCUAUCAUGGUUGUAAUAAUUAUUUUAAGCCGUCAUCAAGUGCUGUUCGCGCACGCGGAUUGGCCGCAGCUAGGCGCGGUGUCGCCGAAGGGUCCGGGCUCUUGAAUAAAUGAAUUCAAAUGAAACAUUUUUGUACGGAUUAAUUUCUUAUAAAUGUAUAGAAAGUAUUUCAGACCCUGACCCACAUAAGAUUUAAUCCACAGCAAUAGCCAGCGUCAGCGUUCCCCUCGAACCAGUUUCUGUGCAUCGGUUACUUUUCAAUCACUCGCCGUAUUCAGUCGCAAGGAAAGGAAAGGCAAGAGACCGAGUAAAUGGAUGUGGUCCUCAAAGAUUGUAGUUUUCUCUUCACCGCUCGUUUUCAGUGACUCUGUGACGAAUAGAAUCUUUUGACAAAAUUUGGAUCACAUUAUGUGAAUCGACCUACAGAAGCCUUUCAGAGAGAUUGGACUUUUUUCCAGUUAAAACUGCAAAUAUUGAUUUUUACUCUGUCUAAUUUUUAAUUUAAAAAGAUGCUCCUGUUAGGAUAUUUCAUGAAAAAACCAAUAGAACUACUCAUGAACCUCUGUGUUUGGCAUGAAUUAGAGCUUUAUUACAUUUUCUAAAUCGCAUGUCCCACCUAUCCUGUAGACUUGAUAUCCACUGUGCGACCAAGAGAAAGCUCCAUCACAUGUAACCAAAUGACUCUGAAAAAA